AUGCGUCAGGGGAUUAUAGCCCGUGAACCGUUUGGAUUACCACCGAGCGGCAAAUCUGCCGAAGGAGAAUCCGAGAUGGGCAACCCUCGCAGAAACGGUAUAAAAGCUUCCUACCACUACAAGCACCUUUCGAGUAGACUCUCCAACGUCCCUUACUCCCCAUCUCAAAUCACUAUGCUCAAGUCCAUCUUUGCAUUGACCUCGUUCGUGGCUCUCGCCUCGGCCCAUUAUAUUUUCCCCAUCCUCAUCGUCGACGGUGUCGAAACCCCCGAGUGGCAAUACGUUCGCCGAACCGAUAACAGUGAUUAUGACAAGACUCUCUACGGUCCUGUCUGGGGCGAUAUCAACCAGCCCGCCAUACGCUGCAACGAUGUCGCCCGAACGGAGGUGACGCAGACUUACAACCUCACCACAAGCAACAGGGUCGGGUUCAAAGCGUUGACGCUUCCAGGCCAGAUUGGGGCGUACCAUGAAAGUAUCACGAACAUCUUUCUGGCUCGCGCCCCGACUGGUGUAGAUGUCGCUGAUUGGGAUGGUGAUGGCCAGGUCUGGUUUAAGAUCAAGGAAUGGACCGCUCAUGUCAACCCUGACCGCACCAUGUUCUUCGAGUCUACAAACCAAACCCACUUCGAGUUCGACUUGCCCCAGUCCCUUCCCAGCGGCCAGUAUCUUCUCCGAAUUGAGAAUAUUGCGAUCCAUGCCACCAACGUUGUCGGACGUCCUCUCCAAUUCUUCUUGUCCUGCGCUCAGAUCAAUGUCGCCAACGAUGGAAAUGGUACUCCCGGACCUUUGGUCAAUGUCCCUGGACACUACACUGGAUUGGAGCCGGGACUUGACAUCGAUAUUCUCAACCCUCCCGCUACUUAUAUUCACCCUGGCCCGGCCGUCUGGCAAGGAUAA